CAAGCAUUGGGAGCAAGAUACAUUACAAGCAGCUAAGCUACUACUAUAUAUAUUUCUCCUUGAUCCCUUUCGUCCUGGCAAAAAUGGAAGUGCAAGCUCGUUUACAGCCAAAUACUGACCCAAACAUUAUUCACUCAGUGUUCUCUCCUCCUGUGUGGGGUUAUCAUAGCUUCACUUCUUUUUCUAUAUCGGACUCGGAAUAUGAAUCAUGCACUAGCCGGGUGGAAAGGCUCAAAGAAAAGGUCAAAGACAUGUUCAUGGCUGAUGCUAAUAAUCCGAUCAAGAAAAUUGAGUUGAUCAACUUGUUAUGUCGUCUUGGUUUAUCAUAUCAUUUUGAGAAUGAAAUUGAAGAACAGUUAAUUGAUCUUUUUAAUUGUCUUCCUCAACUUUUUGCUGAUAAUGAUUAUGAUCUCUACACUACUGCUCUUUUUUUUAAAGUCUUGAGACAACACGGAUUUAAAAUGACUUCUGAUGCGUUCAAGAAAUUCAAGGCCAGCAAUGGAGAGUUCAAGAAGAGCAUCAUCAAAGAUGUGAGAGGCAUUCUUAGCUUGUAUGAAGCAAGUUUUAUGAGUACGCAUGGAGAAGAUAUUCUCGAUGAAGCACUUGAAUUUACAAGGUCACACCUGGAGUCGUUGGCUAUGCAAUCAAGCCCUCAUUAUGCAGAACUUAUAAAGAAUGCUCUGAUCCUUCCCUUUCACAAAGGCGUACCGAGAGUGGAGGCUAGGCAAUACAUCUCUUUCUAUGAAAAAGAUGAGUCUCGAAAUGAAACAUUACUCGAAUUUGCAAAAUUAGAUUUCAAUCGAGUGCAAUUAUUGCACAGAAAAGAGCUCAAGGAGAUAGCAAGUUGGUGGAAAGAGUUGAAACUUGCAGAGAAACUUCCCUAUGCAAGAGACAGAAUUGUGGAAAUCUAUUUCUGGGCAUGUUCCAAUCAGUUCGAGCCUCAUCUUGCUCUUUCAAGGAUGACGAUGGCCAAGUAUUUGAAAAUGGUAUCUCUGGCUGAUGACACGUACGAUGCAUAUGCUACAAUGGAGGAAGUCAAUGCCUUCACAGAUGCUUUUGAGAGGUGCACUAUUGAUGCUACUGAUAAAUUGCCAGAUUACAUGAAAGUUUUCUACAAGGAAUUAUUGAAUGUUUUUGAGGAAACAGAAAAUAUUACGAGCAUGGAAGGAAGAUCUUAUUGUGCCUAUUACGGGAAGGAAGAAUUUAAAAACUUGUUGAGAUCCUACCGCGUUGAGGCACAAUGGUUUAAUGAUGGCUACGUCCCAGCAUUGGAUGUUUAUUUGCCCAAUGGUUGUGAGUCGAGCAGCUACGGCGUAGCUGCAGCGGCAGGCUUUGUUGGAAUGGAAAAGAUUGCAGGGAUCAAGGAAUAUAAGUGGCUUCAAAGUAACCCAAAAAUUCUCAAAGCUGUCAAGGUAAUUGGGCGUCUUUUGAACGACAUAGCAUCCCACCAGGAUGAGCAAAAGAGAGGAGACGCUGCUUCAGCGGUAGAGUGCUACAUGAAAGAACAUGAUGUUACAGAGAAGGCGGCUGUGGAAGAGAUUCUUAAAAUUUGUAGAAAUGCAUGGAAGGACAUCAACGAGGAAUGCAUGAGGCCAACUGCUCUACCCAGGCCUAUUCUCCAAUUCUUUGUUAACCUUGCUCGAGUAUCAGAGGUUGUUUACAGGUUCGACGAUUCCUACACCAACCCAUCAAGUCUCAAAGAUAAAAUUACAGCAUUGUUUAUGGAGCCACUUCCUUUGCAAGACCAAGUUAAUAUACAAUAAAUACAUUGAGCUGAGCUUCCUAUAUAUGUCCCUUCCUCUGCUUGGCUUGGUUAAUUGUCUGUGUGUCGGAAAGGAAAGAAUAAAUUAUAAAGUGAUGUUUGCUUUGCUAUCAGUUGCUGUAAAAUUUAAUAAAAUGGUCGAGAGGCCUGGUGCUAUUAUAAAUCAA